UGGAAGGAAGUUUUGCUACUGAGAGGGUGGUGGAUACGUUGAACAGCCUCCCAGCAGGGGUGGUAGAGGAUAUACCCGCAGCAAAAUGGCAAGCGACCCCCCGCCUCCCUACCCCGGGGGUCCCACGGCCCCGCUGCUGGAGGAGAAGCACGGAACGGCCCCCGCGGAAGGGAACAUACAUCCCCAUGGAGGGUACCCGGCCGGCAUGCCCUAUAUGCCCCCAGAUUCAGGGCCUCCUCCGUACGAAGCCAACCCUGGAUACAUCGCCCCAAACCCAGGUAUCUACCCUCCGCCGGGGCCUUAUGCGCCUAUGGGGUAUUACCCACCCACAGCUGGGCCCUACCCUACACAGGGACCAUACCCAGCUCCAUACCCAUCGCCCGGCACCCAUGCCACCACAGUGAUCAUGCCUCCCGGAGCGAGCGCCGCCUCUGCUGCCACCACAGUGACGGUCCUUCAAGGAGAGACCUUUAACAGCUCCCCGGUGCAGACCGUUUGCCCGCACUGCCAGCAGCCAAUCAUCACCAAGAUCUCCCACGAGGUCGGACUCAUGAAUUUCCUGCUCUGCUGUUUCUGCUGCUUCGUUGGGUGUGACUUGGGCUGCUGCCUCAUCCCAUGUAUGAUAAAUGACCUGAAGGAUGUCACCCACAGCUGUCCGAGCUGCAAGGCCUAUAUCUACACCUACAGAAGGAUGGGUUAAGAGUUCCGGGUUCCGUGCACUCUUCUGUCCGAGCCGCUCCGCAUCCGCCUUGAGCCUGCCGUUCCUCUUCCCGUCCGUACACCACUAAGAAGCUGUGAAUCUCCCUGUUUUGAUGGACAUUAAAGAUGGCUGGCCCGGCACUGAAAGGGAUCAUACGUUAAACUCGGUCUUCAUUUCCGUUACAGUACAUUUCGGGCCGGCGUCACUGCUCUUCGCCUGGUCGGCCGUCUUCUCCUGAGACAAAUGUUCUAGGUGACUCAACAUUAAACAGGCUUCGUUAGGACUAUAGAUGUCUCCAUCCUCCUUGGAUGGGCUGACUUCACCCGUAUUGACCAUACGGCCGUAUUACUCUACACACGCGACCCCGUAUAACCUGAAGGGAAGGGUCAUAAAGGUCAUGUGUGCCCUAAAUUGAGCUGGAGAACUUCCAUUAGAAAACCGGACGGCCAAUGCUAGCAUGAAGCUUUUUCUCAAUGGCCGACUACCGCAAAGAUUUUG